AUGACUUCCAUCAACUUUUCAGCUACCAUCCUUUUGGCGUUGAUCAUACUGUUUCUUUUCAUAAUUUUCUGUCGUAUUUGGAGAAGAAAUUUUCAUGGAGCUGUUCCAUGGAACUGGCCAAUCAUUGGUAUGACACCAAGUGUUGUUACUCAUUUCUACAGAUCUCAUGAUCGUAUUACUGAAGUCAUACAAGAAGCUGGCUCCACUUUUUUUUUCAAAGGUGUUUGGUUUUCAGGUAUGGACUUCCUCUUAACCGUUGAUCCUUCAAAUAUUCACCAUAUUUUGAGUGCCAAUUUCGAACGAUACCCAAAAGGCCCUGAUUUCAAGUACAUUUUUGAAGUUUUGGGAGAUGGGAUUUUCAAUUCUGAUUCUUAUGCUUGGAAGGACCAACGUAAAACAGCUCGUUCUUUGGUCCAUGAUGAGAAUUUUCUUCAAUUCUUAGAGAAAAUUACAUUGAAGAAAGUGAAAACAGCGCUUGUUCCUGUUCUUCAAAGUGUUUGUGAAAAUGGAUCGGUGUUGGAUUUGCAAGAUUUGUUUCAAAGAUUCUCCUUUGAUUCAACUUGUAUGAUGGUAACCGGCUUCGACCUCCAAAGUUUAUCACUCGAGUUCCCUGAGGUUCCUUUUUCCAAAGCUAUGGAUGAUGCCGAGGAAGUGAUUUUUCUCAGACAUUUCUUCCCUAAAAAAAUAUGGGAAUUUCAAAAGAAACUUCAAAUUGGACAACCUAUGAGGCUGAAACAAGCUUGGGAAAUCAUAGAUGAAACCAUCGCCAAAUUGAUAGCCUUGAAAAGGGGGAGCUUGAAAAAUCAGGUCAACAAAGAGGGAGAUGAGCAAGGAGCUGGAGGAGUUGAUUUGAUCAAAUCAUAUAUGAUAAAUAAUACAAACAAAGAUGAUAAGUUUUUGAGAGACACCGUUUUAAAUUUCAUGAUUGCAGGUAGAGACACUCUAAGUUCAGCACUCUCUUGGUUUUUCUUUUGUCUUUUAAAAAAUCCAACCGUCGUAAAAAAGAUCAGAGAAGAGCUCAGAACAACGAUUCCAACAAAUGGAGCUUGUGAUCUUCAACAACGGGUAUUCUCAAUGGAAGAGGUAAAUAAGUUAGUUUACUUCCAUGCAACAUUGUGUGAAGCACUUAGACUAUAUCCACCGGUUCCACUUCAACACAAGGUAGCUAUGCAACAUGAUAUACUCCCAAGUGGUCAUCACAUAAAACCCAAAACAAAGAUUGUGUUUUCAUUAUAUGCAUUGGGAAGAAUGAAGGAAGUGUGGGGAAAAGAUUGCUUGGAGUUUAAGCCAGAGAGAUGGAUUAAUGCGGAAAAUGGAAAGAUCAAACAUGUGCCAUCUUACAAAUUCUUGGCAUUCAAUGCUGGGCCAAGAACAUGCUUAGGAAAACACGUUGCUUUCAUUGAGUUGAAAAUAGUAGCAGCUGCCAUUAUUCAUAACUAUAAUAUUAUUCAGCAAAAAGGGCAUCAGGUUGUUCCAAAUGCUUCUAUUAUUCUUCAUAUGAAGCAUGGAUUCAAGGUUAAGGUUACAAAGAGAUGGACUUGA